AUGGCCGUGGACGAAAAGUUGGUGAUUCUGGCCGACGAGGUUUACCAAGCGAACAUCUGGAAGAAAGGCGCUUCGUUCUCGUCGUUCAAGAAGGUGGCGUGCGAUAUGGGCUACACUGGCGAGGAUGGCGACGAGCGCUUGCAGCUGGUCUCCUUCCAUUCGACGUCAAAGGGUUACUUCGGCGAGUGCGGGUUGCGUGGAGGUUACAUGGAGGUGCACGGCAUUGGCGCAGAGGUACGAGCAGAACUGUACAAGCUGUCUUCGUUGUCCCUGUGCUCCAACACGAUCGGACAACUCGCCACCGGCAUCAUGAUCAACCCUCCCAAGCCGGGGGAUCCGUCGUUCGAGACUUUCCAAAAGGCAAGCGAGGAGUGAAAUAACUGGUUGAAAGCGAAACAUCGAGGGGCUCCCACGUAGACAGUUUCAGCUGAUCACUUGCAAAUGAUGCACUUGAUGCCUAACCACCGUGCGAGAGGUGUGGUACGGUCCCUGAUGGGCAACUAAACAUUGCAUCAUGACACAGAUUCUAAUUAUUUUUUCACAGUAAUAACCCUAGAUGCCUCGUGAACGUGCGAGGUAGCUCAGCAGAAUGACAAGCACUGACAUUGCAUUCAUACAUGAAGAGACCAUACAUGUUCUCCGGUCGGUACCGCUGCUGAGGGUCCCAGGUUGAUGAAC